CUAAAAGAGAUCUUUUUGAUAAAGUUUUAUUCAAGCAUUCCAAAUUCAGUGAACAAAUAUCCGAGCGCGAAGCGGAAUUUCCAAAAAUUGAGGUUAUGCACAGUUCUACAGGUUCGCCAUCUUGGCAUGUAAUUUACUAGGUAUUUUACCUGUUUUCUGCGUCAAAUACUUGACGUAGGUAUUUGACGUAAAAAAAAGCACCAGUUACACGUAACUUCACAUCCCUGAUUCAGUUGUGUGGUCGGAUUCAAGAUGGCUCUUACUAGUUAAAUUUUGACUAGUUGACAACAUCAAAACAGAUCAACAAUUUAUACAUUCGUACGAUUUGGAAAUUCGAAUACAUAUGUAUUUAAAAUAUUUUUCAAAGGAAAAUGGUCUCAUAUUGUUGCAUGGUGAACUGUAGAUCGCGAGCAGGUAAAAAAAAGCCAGGCAAAGACAAAAUCUCGUUCUUCAGAGUCCCUGCCAUUAUUGGUUUAAAUAGCCGUAAAUACAAAACUUCAUAUAAAACACAAACAUACAGAGCACCGAACUUGAUUGAUGAAAAUGCAGACAAAAUAAUAGCUUUAUCGAAGGAAAGGCAAAGAGCAUGGAUAAAGGCUAUACGAAGAGGAAAUCUGUCUGAAAGUCAACUGAAGACUUUCAGAGUCUGCAUGAAACACUUUAUCUCAGGAAAACCAGCUGAGCUUAUUGAUCGGGACAAUCCAGAUUGGGUCCCAUGUCAAAAUUUAGGAUACACUUCUGGACUUGCCCUAAAACCUCAGUCGGCUCUUGAACGACAUAAGAGGUUUUUAAAAAGGAAUCAUCCGGAUUCUGACUCAUAUUCCUCCCAAUACUCUGCACUUCCCAAUGCAUCAGUGAAAGAUGAUCCAGACAUCUGCAAGCAUUGUCUGCGAAGUUUUCAGGUCACCGACACAACAGUGAAAGUCGACCAUUCACUCUGUUUAAAAAAGCCAAAGGUAGAAAUGCCGGAUAAAGUGAAAGAACUAACUGAGCUCAGUAAUAGUGAAAACCCGACUGAUCUCAGUAAUAGCGAAAAGCCAACUGAGCCCAGAAAAGUUCCGCAGAGUCCAAAUUCCCCAAAGUCAGUACAGAAUCAUUCUAAAACAAAUAAGGAAAAUCAAUCAUCUCCCAGCACUUCCACCAAUUCUGGAACAUCUCCAGUCAAAUCACAAAGUCCGGCAAAUGCCAAUUUGCCCUUUCAAACUAAUGUGAAUUUGCUGACAUGUGAGGAGCGUAGAAACAAACUGAACGAAUUACUCGCUCGUGCCAUAUACGCAACUUCAUCGCCAAUGGAUAUGACUGAAAACUAUUCCUGGAAGCAAUUUUUCAAGGCGAUUCGACCAACCUACACUCCACCAACCGCACAUGAAUUACGCGGUUAUUUGCUGAAAAACGAAUACAAACGAGCGAUGGCAUCGGUUCAGAACAAAGUUUCCACGGCUUCCAAUUUCGUUUUGGUGACUUACGGUUGGUCAAGUGCGAAGGGUGAAAUGCAUUUUGUAGUGACAACUCCCGAACCGGUUUAUUUUAAAUGUCUGAUCUCAAAGGCCGGGAAAGACGAGGUCUUCAUCAGCGAGCACAUUGCGGAAGUGAUUGAGAAAAUAGGCGGUGAUAAACUGAUGCUUCUCCUGAUUGAUGACGCACCAGCUCUAACAAAGGCUUGUGACAUUGUUGCUGAUGCUUAUCCGCACAUCACAGUUUCGAAAUCCGGCGCGGAAGAUGUGAAGCUGCUUCUCAAGGAUGUGAUCAAGUUGAAUACUGUGCAGGAGAUUUUAAAGAAAGCUAAAGAGAUGAUUUUGUCGAUUAAUCUGACUGAAGCUGAUUGCGACAGGAGUGAGGAGCAGGUGCGAAGUCUCGUGAGAUGGGGUGCCAUUUCCACUCUGAAGACACUGCUCGAGAACAAAUCUGCCUUCCAGGCGGACAUUGUCGUGGAUGAAAUGAUACCGGAGGAAGUGAAGCAAAAAAUUCUCGAUGAAGACAAGGAGUUUUGGACCGAGGCUGAGAGACUUUUGGAACUGUUGGAUUUUAUUUCGGAAGGCAUCAAGGCUUUGGAGGCAGACAGAGCUCUACUCUCAGAUCUGCCGAAGGCUUUUGCCGAAAUUCAAUCGAAACUCUUGUCAUUUUGUAAGAAGUGUACUCUGCUUCUCGACGAGGAAAAGGACAGCAUCUGUACUUUUAUUUCGAUUAGAAAGGAAUCGGCUAUCAAGUCGAUUCAUCGAGCUGCGAACAUGCUGGAUCCAAGGUAUCGUGGCGGAGGGCUCAAUAAUCCGGAAAUCAUGGAUGCGAUUGAAUUUCUGAGACAGCGAUGCGAUCACUUGGGCAUUAAUGAAAUAAGCGUGUGCACAAAUUUGGAGGAUUUCAGGACUUCGAAGGGAGCUUACAGUCGGAGUUUUCUUUGGGGAUCUGCUAAGCAUAUUACACCGGUUGAAUGGUGGCGAAAUUUCUGUAGGAAUCAACCACUUUUCAGGUUUGCUAUGGACUUGCUAAGUGUUUCUCCGAGUCCUGCAGUCUAUCAGAGAAUAUUUAAAGGCAUUGAGAUGAAUCCUAGGCAUGGGUUAGAUUCGGCGGCUUUCGAGAAACUUGUAACGAUUAAAUCGAAUCUACUUGUAUCUAAGGACACAAGACCGGAAGUUCUGGACUCAAUCUUGUCAAGUUAGGUUAUUUUCUAGUUUGACAUUUUUCUUUAUUUAAAUUUACGACGUGAAGACAGUGGGAAAUGUGAUUUAAUGUAAGAAAAAGUUUAAACAGUAUUUAAUUUUUGACAGAAACUAAGCGAGUUUAAUGUGUUUU